UCCGGCUGUGCCGUCCACUACCAACGAUGUCGCCACUACCACCGCCGCUUGGACCCAGGCUUAUCAAAUUUCAGUUUUCAUUUCGAAUUUUAAUUCAAUUUUGUCUGAGCUGCCGUAAGGAAGGAAGUAGUAAUGGAAGUUGCUGAUCGCUGAUCGUGCGCGCGCGAAGGUGACCGCACAUACAUAAACAACAACAAAAACAGUAAGAAAAGGAACACAAUGUGUUGAAGGAGAAAAUAAAUAAAUACGAAAUUGAAGGAGCAGGCGGAAAAUUAAUUGCGAUCAAAACAAAAACAAAAGUGCUAAACACAAAAAAAAAACAAAUUUUAUGGUGCAUAAAAAAAAGUGAAUGAGCAUUGUGUGGGUGAAGUAUUUGAGGCUCGUGCACAGCUGCAGCAUUCAUUCGAGUUGCAUGUGGCAGAAAAAGGAGUGUCCGCGUCGAGUCGCAAGUGUGCCAAACCGAAUGAAAUAAGAAGUGAAGAAGUGAAAAAAGUCGCAUAAAACAAAUUUAACAAGAUUCGAAACAACAACAACAAACGAAUACCAAAUAAAAUAAACCCAAAAAUAGGAAUAAAAAAAAAACCAUCACUCAAUAGUGAAUUUGUGUGUAGCACUUGGGCUACAAAUUAGUCAGCAAAAAAAUGCAUAGCAACAACAAUAAUAACAACAACGACAACAACAACGCCUACAAAAACCAAUACAACAACUGGCACAGCAAUGGCAAUGGGGUGACGGCGGCACUCUUGCAACAGCAUCAACAACAGCAGCACGUGCAACAGUUGUUACAACAACAGCAACAACAACAAAUGCUACAGCAACAACAACAGCAACAAAGCCAGCAGCAGUCUCGCAUUACCAACUGGAUUUGCGAUACGAAUCGCACACAUCAGUCGCUGCUGCUCAACAAUAGCAACAAUUGUGGCCAACAGCAGCAGCAGCGGCAACAAACACAACAACAAACACAGCAACAUACCGCUGCAUAUAGUAUGCAACAGCAACCAUAUGCAAGCUAUCCACAGUCAGCCACAACCCCUCGUCCACAUCCUCCGCAGCAGCAGCUGCAGCAGCAGCAGCACCAACCUAUGUGUGCCGCUGCUGUUACGGCCGCCGUACCUGCUGGUAACUGCUACUAUGCACCACGGUUGCAACAGCAACAACAACAACAAGAACGCAAUCAUCCGCAUAUGCCAUCAGCAGCUCAACAACAACACCAACAACGCUCACCUCAGCAGCAGCAGCAGCAAGUGGCCACACCAUUGCGUUCGCCAUAUCCUACUGGUGCCACUACGCCCCUAUCGCAUCCGCAUUCCCCUUCGCCUGCACCAUCGCAGACGACUCCACUCAUAUUUCAUCAGCAAUUAGCUGCUGCGGCGGUGGCAGCAGCCCGCAAUGCAACGCAACAACAUCAACACCAGCAGACCCAGCAUCAGCACCAGCAUCAGCAGCAACAGCAACAGCAACAGCAACAACAUCUGCAUCAGCGG